AUGUAUUCCUCACAGAAUUGGUCCUCAAAUAUUCGGCGCCUUCUCGUAGAUUCUUCUAUCGUCCGCCAUGCCGCCUCAUCGAACUCAGAACCUUCCAAGACUCCAUCUCGCCCAGUUGGUUAUCUCGCUCGCUCAUCUCGCCAUCCACCUGGAACUAUCUGGCGAAAAUUCGUCGCAAAGUGUGUUUUUUUUGACCUCCUGAAAGGCGUAAAGGUUUCCCAACGUCGGAUUGCCCGGAUGUAUGAGACGGGUUUAGGAGCGAUUGUGAUGUACGAGAUUCCUUACUCCAUAAUUUCAGGAUCGCAAGACUCAAAAUCGCUAUCCUGGACCGUUGAGAAUGUUUUUGGAUACCCCGACGAUUCUUCGAUAGAAGGCAUGACUGAAGAAGAGUUUUUGGAUCAGAUUAAGGUUCGGAUGGUGUACACACCUUCGUACGCUUGUACGUCAUUCGUGGCUGGACAGGCAAUGAACACUUUGAUCACAAAGUCGGAUAUUCAACUUGUCCCUGCGCCUGGCGGCCUCGGCUUCGCUAUCGUUACAGAAUCAUUCACUUCUGAUCAUGGACUUUCACGCUCGGCUUUGGCUCUACCCGAUCUUUCGAAAAAGGUUCUACGCCCUAUCCCUGCUUCUGACUGCGCGCCUCGAUUUCUCAGAGACAAAGCUUUAUGGUCAGAAGACGAUCCUGAUACCGAUGCCUUGGAGAUGGACUGGGUUCAAGUACUUCUGUUUGAUCCCGAUAGCGAAGACGAUAUAGUUGAGAGUCGUUCCUUUCCCGAGACCUUUGAUGAGCAGGAGGACGCAUCGAGUCGACUCAAUGUUACCAAUGUCUUCGAUAGGUUCAACGCCUCAACGUUCGACCCGAUCAGCUCCAUAUCUCCAUCUCCAUCUCAAUCACUAUCCACCUCCAGCUCUGUCGAUAUUACGACUUCACUGGGAUACUUCUCAUCAAGGUCUGAAUACUCGCUCUUUACUGUUGGACUGCUCGAGCCCUCCACCUCUUUCGAAGCGGACAUUGGCGAUGUAUCGAUAUGCACCCUGAUUUCCGAUUGCGAUUCCUACUCAAGCCUAUCAAGUGUCUUUCUCGGUCCUGCAACGCCUUCCAAAGGCCCUCAUCAACACUCUGACCUAGUUGGCGUUCGACCCCUUACGAAAUUCGACUCUACCGGCGAUCAGUUCACCCCUUCUUUCUACACGCCGGGUUCUUUCACCGUUAAGCCCUCUGAUUCUGACACGAUAGCCAAUGCCGAUCUCUUUCUUCGGACGGGAGAUUCAUGCGGACUGCGUGUAAGUGCACUGAAAGGUGAUGAGGUGGAGCAGCUUGGCAAGUCACAACGGCUGUAUCCUUCCGGGAUAGGGAAGGAGAAUAUUCCCCCGCCAGCCGUGCGGAAGUAG